AUGGAGAGGUUACGGUUUGAUUUUACCGUGAAAUCAACAACGGAUGGAAAAACCAACCUUAUUUUUAUAACCUCAAUUGCUACACCAAAUGGACAAGUUUUUGAAAUGCCGGCCGACUAUCAACCUGCAAAUCUUCAUGGAGUGAUAACAGCUACACCCAACUACACCAAGGUAAAAAAAUCCUUAAUAAAAAGGAAUCAAACAAGAAGAAUAUGGAUAAGUUUGACCGAGGAAAUUUCAAAAACAUAUUUGGACGAAGAAGAAAAUUUACAAUUUCAGGAUGUUUAUUUAGAAGAGAUUUCAGAUCAGCCCAGUAGCGUUGAACCUAAACCGCUAGGUUCAAAUCAAAAAUUAGAAAAAUUGUUAGAGAAAUUACUUGAAGAAAAAGAACAAAUACCAGUAAAGCAAAAUUUAGGAAAAAUUGCAAAGGAUUUUAUUAUUGAAAAAUUCUAUGGUCGUAAUUCAAAUGCAUCCCAGUGGAUCAAGGAUUUCAAUAAGGAAUGUGAACGUUUCCAAAUCAAGGAAGAUAAAAAGAAAAUUGAAAUUUUAAAAAACUUUUUAGAGAACUCUAGCAUAGAUUGGUACAGUUGCAUGUUAAUUAAGCUUACAAUUGAAUCAGAAUGGAAACAAUGGGAGAACAACUUCUGUGAGACCUUUGCCAAUAAAGGAUGGUCAUCCACUAGGUAUGCUCUUGGCUUUAAAUAUCAAGCUGGUUCCUUACUUGAGUAUGCUAUAAAGAAAGAAAAAUCAGGUAAACAGUGGACACUGGGACACUUAUUGACCUUAUAG